AUGGUGCACAAUGCUGCUGCUGCUACUGCUCUAGCGACAGUUGGUACUGUUUUAUGGUGUAUUCAAUUAAUUCCUCAAAUUAUAUAUAACUGGAAGAGGAAAGACUGUACGGGAUUGCUACCUAUUAUGAUGUUUUUAUGGGUGAUCUCUGGGAUUCCAUUUGCAAUCUAUUUUUGUAUUAUUAAUACUAAUGUCACAUUACAAGUUCAACCUCAUCUCUUCACUUUUUUCUGUGGGAUUAGUUUUAUUCAAUCAUGUUAUUAUCCACCAGUCCAACUAUCAAAAAUCAAAAUUAUUCUAAUCACCGCAGCAAUUAUUGCAUUCGCCAUUGCUAGUGAAGUAGGAUUUAUCGUUUGGUUACGCCCGUUAUAUGCAAAGGGGACUGAAUGGCCUGCGUUAAUAUUUGGUAUCAUAGCCUCUGUAUUGUUGGCAAUUGGUUUACUACCUCCUUAUUUCGAAUUAGCCAAAAGACAAGGUCGUGUUGUCGGAAUUAAUUUUGUUUUCUUAACUUUGGACAGUCUAGGUGCUUAUUUCUCAAUUGCAAGUGUGGCUGUAGGCGACUUAGAUAUACUUGGUGUUGUUUUAUAUGCUAUAGUUGCAGUAUUGGAACUUGGCAUUUUCAUUUCUCAUUUUAUAUGGUGUUGUAGAUUCAAGUGGUUUUCUGAUGGUGGAUACGUUGAUGACGAAGAUGUUAUACAAGACCAUAAUGAAGUGCAUAUGGUUAAUGACCAUGCACCUGAUUCAGAAAAUGAAGAAUAUGAAUGUCAUGUCGUUAAAAUAAAAACUGAAAAUGAAUAUGACAAAGUGGACUUGGAAACCCAAAGGCUUGGCGAAGUCAAUAAACAGCAUUCAAGCACACAUGAUUUAGAGAAGGAUGACAAAAAAGAAGUGCAACAAUUUCCAUAUAUCGAUGAAAAUGUUAGUAUGAUUCGAGCUGUUCAUGGUAUUUCUGUCCAACGGGAAUUUUCAAAAUGUGAUAAUGUAUAUACUACUCUCGAUAAUGAUAUAUCGUCAGACUAUGAUAGGAAAGAAAAAAUGCCAAACGAUUAG